ACCACGGGGGAUUGUUUUUAAAUCCUGAUCCUAUUCAUCCCUUAGGGACUGCAGAAGAGUUAAAACCUUCCUGGUUGAAAACCUGUACUUGACUUGAGUCUGCGGGCACUGCAGAACCAUUUCCUGUGAUUGCAGCAGAGAUAAAAUUCCAAUGUGGUGGGAAUAAAUCGAAAUUAGAUCAAAGAUUUCCGGAUACUUAAGAGUUUCAAACCAAAACCUCUCUUGCUGCUUUUCGCUUGACUCUACUUUUUUUCUUUCUUCUUUUUUUUUUUUUUUUUUUUUUUCUUUUUAGGCAAACAGGGCAGUGCUUCGCACAGGAAGCCAAAUUUGCCUAUCAACAACAACAGUCCAAGUUGAAAGCGUGACAAGAGCUUAACCGCAUUUGCAUCCACUGCAGUUCCCUGCGCAAAGGUGUACUACCUCGCAAGCAGAGGGCUCAAGAGAUGCCUCGCCGGUUGAACGCUUCCUCCGCGGACAGAUGCAUAGCGAGCACAGGUGGAUGUAAUUGGCAGAUUUGGGGUGUGAAGUUCUUGCUCUUCUGCCGUGAAGCAGCUCAGCGCCUAGUUUUGGGUUAGGAGCGUGAGAGAAUUCGCCUGGCAGAGGUGGCAAUACAGAGAGAGCUCGGGGCUCUCGCACGGCUCCCGAGGUUUCUCGGGGGGCUGCCGAGGGCCCCCUGCUCAGCCCCAUGCGCCUGAUGGAGGACAGGAGCCGCCAGCUUCCGCGCUAUAAAAGCCAGGAGAGGCCCGAGGUGGGGUUGGUGUCAGCGGGAAAUGUCUCCCUGGAAGCAGGUCCGUGUCCGCGCCCUGCGCGUUUGGGAGGGCUCGGGGCGGGGUGCGGGGCCGAGCGCACCGGGGCUGCCGCAGUCCCUCCCCGCCGGCGGGGCCUGGGAGCUGUCCCUCUCUGCUGCGGCCGCGGGGGGAGCCCGGCCCGGCGCCGCAGCCCCGGCGCUCUCCACCUCCCGAGCCGGCCAGGAGGCGCAGCUGGCAGCAGCCGGAGGCGCAGCUCCGCGGGCGGCGGCGGAGCCUGGCCGGGUUGCCCGCGCCUCCCGCCGCCCCCGCCUCGUCGACGGUGGCACGGAUCGCCUCCGUCCUGCCCCCGCGGCAGGAAGGGCCGCCCAAGCGGAGCCCUCCUCCCUCCCGCCGUCGCACACCCCUAGGAACGGCUUGUUUUCCUGCCGGGAUGAUGGAUUUCUCCGCAAGGUCAUCCCUGCCCGCGGCAGCGGUGUGCCGGCGGCUCCCCAGGCGCCUCCGCGGAGAUCACCUCACUUCCAUGGAGUCUGCAGCUCAGGAAUCACAAUAGACCUCUGGUGUCCUGUAGAAGUCAGAAGGGUUUCUUUUCCCAGGACCUCCCUCCUAAAGAUUAGCUUCACAGGAAACCUGUCAUCAACAGCCUGCCCAGCAAGAAAACCCCAAGGAGAAGCUAAGGACAAACAUCUCAAAGACAGUCCAUGGGGACUGUACUAGAUCCUCUGAGAUCUGCCAAGCUUUCCCUGGUCUCAAGUUCUGCAGAGGAGGAGUACCUGGGAGACCUGCAGCCUGCUAAGCACCAACCCCAACCUCCCAGUGGCGAGAGGGCCAGCAAUGGCUUCCUGUGUGUGCCGUCCAGCUCAGCUGGGGUUUUCUUGUUGGACCUGAACUGCACAGAUGCUGCCAGCACACAGAGGUGUGAGCAGUGCCACACAGACAAUGACAGCCAGCAGCAAGCCUUUUCUCCCAGGCUGGCCAGCACAGCUGCAGAGGGGCAUCCUGCAGAUGUAAAGCCUGCUGAUUGUUCCCAGCCAGCGGGCAUCCAGGCACCAGCAGUGCCAGCCCUUGCUGCAGCAGGAGCCCUCUUGGUGGGGCAAGGGCCAGAGAUGAUGCCAGCCCCCCAGAGCUCCCGGCAGUUUGUGCAAGGCAGCCAGGCCAAAACGAGCUCCCUGACACAGAUAGAUGACUCUGCCUUGAAACCUCAGGGAACUGAUGAUCAGCCAGCGCUUGAAGUGUUAAAUUAUUCUUCCCCGGGUGAUCCUGUCGGGGUGAAUCAAUUCUGUCAUACUUCUCAGGCAAACCUUCUGCAAAGAGGGGAAAAAGACAGGGCAUCAGAAAAGAAUGGUUCUGCUGUGUGUCAGUCAGCCUUGCCAGCAAGGCAAACCGAAGCUGACUUGGGGAGAGACCCGCAGACCAAUCUGGAGGCAAAAAGCGGGACUGCAGACAUGGUGCAGUUGCAUCCCCCAGGUAAAACUGGAGCAGUGCAGAGCAAUGAGGCACCAGCCCAGUCUGGCCACGGGAGUCCACAUCCUGUACACAACCUGGACCCCACGCCUGGGAAUCCAAACCCCACCCAGCUCUCCAAAUUCAGAGAAACAAGUACAAUGACAGCUCAGCCAGAGCGCAGCCCUUUUACUCAGGAAGCUGUAAGCAGGACAUGGCAGGAUGCUGAGGUUCAGGCUGUGGCUACUGUUGAGAGCAAAUCAGCUUGCACCAGCCCCAGCAUCUUUGCUGCCUUCUUAAAAAGGAAUCCUCCAGAGGAGAAUGAAGAACUGCACAUAAUUUACCAAGGAGGUAUGGGGCUGACCCAGGCUGCACUUACUGACAGUUUAUCCUCACAGCAAAAGUUUCCAUGUUCUCCUGGUAUCACAUCAAAAUCGACUGUUGUGGCUGUAACUGCUUCAGCCCAAACCCAGUCUGUCAAACUGCCCAGGGUCCCAUCUGACAUGGCAUCUCCAGUAUCAGCAGAUAAUGUGAAACCUGUUCUCCCCUGCUCCCCUGCAGCUGUUACCUCCCAAGGAACACCUGUGGGUAAUGCUGAAAUGACCCGCGCAGCCCCAGAUGUCAAGGACGCUGCUCAGCUGCCAAAGGAUGCUCCAGUUCCACCAAAGCCCAUCCCAGUUGAGCAGCUUGGAGUUGACUCCAGUAAUCGAACUCCAUCACAGUCUGGGACUAGUGCUGGUGAGCCAAGCACCACUUCCACUGAUGCUGUCCCAGGAACCCAGAACAACGUGCAAGAUCUCGUCCCUCAUGCAGGAAGCAGCCGGUCACCUUUACUCUCUGGCAAGGACAGUGAAGUCAAGCAGAAGGAGGUCCUGAGCAGCUCUGACCAAAAGCCUGUGCAAAACAAGGGUGUGAAUCAAGGGCAGUCCAGUCCUAAUCAAUCUGUGGUAAAACCAAAGGAAGAAAACUUGGUGGUGUUUGAUCCUAAAGGAGGGCAGAAUGUUAGCAGCCCUCUCCAUGCAAAGGCAUGCUCACAGGAUGCAGGUGAGAAAGAGAGCAGAGGCCACGGAGACAACGGCCAGUCUCAGAUGGCUGGUGGCCAGAACCUGCAGGCAGGACUGAUGCCUGAGUUAAGUGUGAGUUCUGAAAGUCUUGACCCUCCCAUGGCAGCAUUGGCAGCUCCCCAGCAAGAGGGCCUCCAGGCCAGGGAGGCCAGACACAACCUCCACACUGCAGUGAUUCCUGCUUCCUCUCAGGCUGUGCCAAACCUGGGGGAGAACAAAAAGCACUCCACCCCAGCCAUGGAGGCAAAAGUACAGGUGAAGAAGUCCAAACAUGUCAGGGAUGUUGUUUGGGAUGAGCAAGGAAUGACUUGGGAGGUUUAUGGUGCUUCCCUUGAUCCAGAAUCCCUGGGAAUUGCCAUCCAGAACCACUUACAGAGACAAAUAUGGGAACACGAGAAACUGAUCUGGGCCCAGAACAGUCAGACCCGAAAAUCCAUUUCCUCAGAUACAUCCUCAAAUAAAAAACUGAAAGGGAGGCAGCACAUGUUCCAGUCCAUGCUGCAGAACUUUAGGCGUCCUAAUUGCUGCAUCCGACCUGCUCCCUCUUCUGUGUUAGACUGACAUGCAGGGGUGCUUAAAUACCUGCAGUGGUGGAAAGAGUCCCUCCCCUCAAGUCCUGCUGUUUGGUUGUGUGAUUUGGGUUGUGAUGCAACAGUGGAAAAUGAUCCCCCUUUGUUUUCUGACUAGCCACAUGCUCCAUCCUGCCAUUAUUGUCACAGCUGGUGUAUUUCCACGUUAUGCUCCAACCUUGACUGCUGUCAGAUGAAAAGCUAGCCACUUAGCAAAAGCACAAAUUUCAAUCACCACCUUGCUGCAGGGAGAGCAGCAUUUUCUGAUAAAGCAGGAAGCAGAGGGAUUGUCAGAAUUAUGGGAUGUAUGUGCAUUAUGAGGUCUCACUCAAAGAGGUGGACUAGGGGAAGCUGAGGGAGGUGGAAUUAAGGUUCAACAGCUGUAAAGACCUAACCUAAGACAACUUUCCUGGUUUGUGAGUUACCUGUGCUGAGGCAAGUCCAUGAACAGGCUAUGGACAUUGAUCACUGAGCAGCCUCACUUCUGUUCUUACUGUGGGCUGCUCUUCUCAGGUGAGCCCCAGGGAGCCCAGUCUUCCCCUCCUGUUCAAAUGCAGAACCAGGCAAAGAAUGAGGAUCAGGACUGAAGGGUUCUCUGUUUGGGAGAAGCUAAAUCAUAGGAUGUUGAUGGCCAGAAGGGGAGGUGAGAGAGAUGCUUUUUGUCCCCUGCAGUGGCCACUCUUAAAGUAUAAGCCAUGGAGGCACAGGAGAGCGCAUCAGUAGAUGGACCUCCAUCCAGCAGGAUGGUGCCCACCCUUACUCUGGUACUCCUGCCAAGUCUUUAAAAAGCAGGGAGCCAUUCUGCCUCCUCAGGCAGGGUGGGCAGCCCCUGCUCCCUGCCUCCCACGGUGCUGAGCACCUCUCUUCUAAAUCACUCUUUAAAGUGAUGUGGAUCUUUCUACAGAGAUGCACAGUAAUGUUUUCCCAUAGCAGCAGGCUUUCCUGUGCAUUGGGGUCCAUGAGCCUCUAUGUCUAGUGUGUUACACUGAUUUUUUUUUCCCCUUUUAAGUCCUUAGCCAACUCUACUGGUUUUUUUUCAGUAUUUUGGUGCUUUUCUUGCUGCCUUUCAUAACCCAAAUACCAUUUAUUUAGCCUGUGUGUUAUUGUUUUACCUAACACUCUAUAUUAUGAACCAUUAUACUGUUAACUUGAAAAAUUUGCAGCAGUACUGAAAUCUUGAGACAAUCUUUGCUGUAUUUCUGAACUUAGUUGUAGAAACUGCUAAUAAAAGGUAGCUUAGUGACUGUUUCUCCAGAAGUAUGAUAUACAAUAAUGUCUCAAAUAUAUGUUGGUCUCAUUUCUCAAUAAUAUUUUUCAACUUGGGAAAUGUGUUUCCCAGUAGCUUUGUAUUUUGUCCACUAGAGUUCAUUAUGGGAGGCUGGGGAACUCCUGCAGUUUGUUAAAAAUUAGUUAUCAAUCCUGCAAAGCACUGAUGAUUUGGAUAUUGUAAUCCUGCAGAGUAUUAGAGUUAAAUAGGACAUGCUUCUAGUCCAUUAAAGAUUUUUCAUGAAUCA